AUGGCCGCUGAAAUCUUCGAGGAGAAGCUGACCUGUGCCAUCUGCCUGGGGCUCUACCGCGACCCGGUGACGCUGCCCUGCGGCCACAACUUUUGCGGGGUUUGCAUCAAGGACUCGGUGACGCGCCUCGGGCGAGAAUGCCCGGAGUGCCGCGAGCUCGUCCCCGACUGCGCCGCGCUGCGCCGGAACGUGGCCCUGAGCAACGUGGUGGAGCUGGUGCAAGCCGCCAAGUGGGAACCCAAGCCCCGACCCGGCGCCCAGCCCGGAGCCCUAACCGAGCUGGGACCCGCCGCGUGCUGUCCCCGCCACGGCCGGCCGCUUGACUUGUUCUGUCGCACCGAGGGCAUCUGCGUGUGCAGCGCCUGCACCGUGUUCGAGUGUCGCCUCCAUGAGCUUGCGCUGCUGGAAGACGAGCGCCAGGAGCGCGAGGCCCAGCUGAAAGCCACGCUAGAGACAACGGUGCAACAGGCUGCCCGGGCCAAGGCUGAACUACAGAAGCUGCAGCAACGAAGCAGCCAGAUCCAGAGCUCGGCCUGUAACCUGGCCUCCAUGGUCUCCAGCAAGUUCAGCUGCCUUCUGCGGGCCCUGGAGACUCGGCAGGCCUCGGCACUGAAGGCUAUUGAAGAAGCCAAGACCGAACAGCUGGUGAAGGCCCAGGUUGGGGAGCAGCAGCUGCAGGACCACCUGGAGGCCCUGGCACGCCAUGACUGUAAAGUCCAGAACCUUCUGGGGCAGCCGGAUGAUAGGACCUUCCUCCAGGAGUCACAGCUGCUGGCACCCCCAGAGCCCCUCAGGCCGCUGACCCCUCUGCAGUGGAAUGAAGACCAGCAGCUGGGAGACCUGAAGAAACUGCUGAGCCAACUGGAUGAUCUCGUGCUGGAAGAGGGGGCCCAUCCAAGGGUGCCGGCCGAGGCUGCUGACUUGGGCCCCAUGGAGGCUCCAGUUCCUGUGGCACCAGUUCCAAGCCCAGUGUGUCCACUAAGGAGAGAUCUCUGGCAGAAUUAUCGCAAUUUGACCUUCGACCCGGACAGUGCCAACCGGCACCUCCACCUGUCUUGCCAGAACCGGAAGGUCAGGCACCGCCGUGAGCCACGGGACCAGGCCAGCCCCAACAGCUUUGACCUGUGGCAGGUCCAGUGUACCGAGAGCUUCCAGGCCGGGCGACACUACUGGGAGGUGCGUGUCUCCAGCCACUCGGUGACGCUGGGCGUUGCCUAUCCAGAACUGGAGCGGAACAAGCAGGGGACCCACAUAGACAACAUUGGCCGCGGGCCCAGCUCCUGGGGCCUCUGUCUUCAGGAAGGUGGGUCCCAGGCCUGGCACAAUGGGGAGGCCAAAAAGCUGCCAGCGGUGUCUGGGCGGCUCCUGGGCAUGGACUUGGACCUGGCCUCAGGCCACCUUGCCUUCUACAGCCUGGAGCCCCAAAUCCAGCACCUGUACACCUUCCAUGCUAUCUUCACCCAGCCCCUCUACCCAGUCUUCUGGCUCCUCGAGGGUAGGACCCUUGCCCUGUGCCAUCGGCCAGGCUCCCAGGAAGACACCUCAGAGCCCAACUGA